AUGGCGAUGAGUACCAUCGAUCUCGAGGGCGUGACGGCUGUUAUCGAGUAUGAAUAUGAAGGCGCGACGCGAUUUUUGACCAAGCCUGAUCCAGAAAAUGUCCCGAUCCGAUUCUCAUUGCAUGUUGAAGCGGCUUGCGCCCUCUUCGACAUGUUGAUUCCCAUUAGAUACAAGGACAAGACCAGCUCCAAGACCAUGAACAUCCGUAUCAGCCCUUUAUCCAUUACCUCCCUCGAACAUUCCACGAGAACAGAUCUUCCUGAUGCCGUGAAGCCGAUACUCCCCACCGCGACGUGUCUUGAAUUGCAACUUGCCGAGUCUAUUGCCAUCCUCGUACCCAGCUUCAUCAAGGAGCCGGUCGCGGCAGCCAGGUCACGGUCAGGCAAGAUCCUCGACUCUUUGUAUGAACUGUCGCACGUGACGAAUCUACGAAUUUACAUCCCAGACACAGCUUUGUCUCUCGACCAGCUGGACUCCACCAGCACUGCAAUCGCACAGCGGCAGCUACAACCAUUCUCCGACGCAGACCACGACAUUUCCCGAAUGUUCAGCGGCAGCGGCGCCAAGAUCACGACCCUCCCUCCCCCCUUGCUGCCCUCUUACGACAAAGUCGCGACUGUCCAAUCAAGUGCUCCCUUGUAUACCGUAUCCGCGACCUUUGAUCCGCCCGAUACUCGCUCACGCAAGCGUAAACAAAGCCAAGAAGUCCUCGCCGACGCCAAUGCAAUCUGGAACAAGUUGCAGAAACUUGAGGCCAUGAUCAAUCACCGUCCAGCACGGGAUAUCCAGGCUUGUGACCAGUCUCUGCUUGUUCAAGAGUUGCGCGCCGAGGUCGCUGACCUGCGAAAACAGCUCACGUCCUGUCAGAAGAAAUGUGCCGACUUGGAGAUUGAAGUCGCGGGUUUGCGAGAGGCGCAAGCCAAUGUGGAUGAUGGUGAGGGUGUGGAAUUGGCUGAGAUGCGAGAAGAUAUCAAGACCCUGGAAAACAGGAUAGACUACGUCGAGCGUGGGAAGGAUGAUGAAGAGCUCGGCAAUAAGAUCAAAGUGGACAUCUUCGAGGAGCUGGCAGCGAGGAUAAUGGGUGGCUGA